AUUGGACUUGGCUUCUUCACACCAAGGUGAUUGAAUCAAGAGGUGGAGAUAGGAAAGAUAUGCACUUGGUUUGAGAAGGCAGUGGGAAAUCUGAGCUUUUGUGAAAUAUCAUUAAAUGGUAACUGGAAAGGUAAAGAGGAGAGAGGCAGGUCUUAUAUCUGGCAAGUGGGAAGGAGUUUAUGCAGUGUGGCUUGUUGAAGGAGAAGAGAAAAUGGGUUUUAUGCACAUUUGUAUGCCAGCUAGCUUAUUCUUCCAAAUUGGGCUUGAAUUAGGAAUUGACUCCUAGUCCAAAUUUUGUUCAUUUUCCCUUCAAAAUUGGGCUUCGAAAAGGAUUCUGUCUCAGACACAUUGAAUCUUUUGCCUGCUGGUGGUUAUAUGCAUUCCACCUUCAGUUUAUGGGCUUUAGCUUUUUAAGACAAUCUUAAAAUUAAUGCAAGUUAAAAAUGAGUAUUUUUAAGGGAAGUUCCAUAAGAAAAUCCUAAUUUAAACAAGAUAUCUUAUUUAUAGACGUUUCAUGAAAUUAUCAUAAGAAACAUAGACUACACAACAGAUAUCCUACUUUUGGAAUCUUGUGUCAUACACUGCCAGUCUAAAGCUGAAUAAAAUGUAAGUAGGGUAUCUUGACACAUGUCUAUGGUAGAGAUCAUAUUUGAGUCCAUGCAACAUUGUUCUAUUUAUCUUGUUGAGAACAUGUAUUCAUGCAAAGUGGUGGAGAAAGAUUCAUGUAGCUAACUAUAAUUAGUUUCAAUGAGGACUUGAUUCAAUCAAUGUGGGAGUUACUGGUUUUAAGCAAAUAAAGCUCUCAAAACUGAUGUCCUUGGCCUUACUCUAAAUUGAAUUUCUGGCAUGAGUAAUAGAUGGUUUUAUGCAACGUUAAACUUUAGUAUAUUUUAUAUGUCUUGUGGAUGCCACUUUCGAGUGGACUUCUCAGAAGGUUGAGUCUCAAUUGGAGUUUGUGCAAGAAUAUCAUAAGUCAGUCGGACUUUUCUGAGGUUGGAGGUGGGACUGGAGUUCAUUUCUGUCAUGACGUUUGGUGUUUGAGAUGCUGCUCGAAGAUGUAUAUAGGCAUAUUAGUAUCUUAGUUCCAUAAUAAGAAUGCAACAGAGGUAAGUCAUUUGAUUGGUUGGAUGUUUUAGAAGAAUUUGAUGAAGAAUGCAGAGAAGCUAAUUGAAGGAUUAGCUUAUUUAAGAGUUUAUUUUGUUACUUUGUUGUAUUUAUGGGGCUUAAUUGUGAUAUUUUAUAGAUCUAUAAUUAUAUUUGAUAUAUUACAUUUAUAUUAUUAGGGUUUCGUAUCUUAGUUAAUUUUUCCUUAUCCUAUUAGCAUUUGUUUUUUAGCGUCAAGUUUGUUAGUUAUUGGAAUCUAAAGUAUUUUCUUUAAAGCCCUGCUUGGAAUAGGAGGUCUAGGUCUUUUGGGAUUAGGUUUGGUAGUAGCUAAUAUAUAAUUAUCAAUGUCUUCUUUUGGUGACAGAUUAUUGUAAGAGAUUUUUCACUAUUGUGAUUAUGUGAUGCAAUCAAACUUAGGUCUUACUUUUGAGGAACCCCAGAUUUGAUGCUUAGGUUUCCUUUCUUCUUGGUUAUGUGACACAAUCAACGACCUUCUUAAUUCCCUUUUUUUAGUUUUGUUUCUAUGUUUUCUCAAGAAUUUUCAGAUUGUUAUUAUCAUCAUCAUCAUCAUCAUCAUCAUAAACCCUAGCCCUCCAAGCUGUCUUGCAUCACAAUUCCAUAGCACAUUUUGAAGUGGUGCAACCAAAAUGCGAUCGGGCUCUAAUUGUUUUAGAGAAAGUCCUAUUUAGUGUACACUUCCUGAAUAAGGCAUAUGCAAAGUUGUGCAUGUUUAUGCUGUUGACGAUACCCUUCUCUGUGUACACUGUGGGAACUCAUUUAUUAUGGGUGAAAUUAGCUGUUUAAUCUUUUCCUUUGACUCGGUUCCUAGAAAAUUAUUCUUCAAAGUUCAGAAUUCUCAUAGACAAGGGGAAAAUAUAUUAAGUAUUGGACAAGAGAACACGAGAUGGAGAAGGCUCUUAGAUGGGGUGGACAUCAAUGGAUCGAAGGAAAACGAGUAGUUGUCCAAAAAGCAGAACCAGUGCACAGAGAGAAGGUGGAAACUAGAGUAGAACCGAUCAAGAAAAUAGUGUGGGAAACAGGUACAAAGGGAGUGGGUGGUAGGUCCUUUAAAGAAGUAGUUCAAGGGGGUCGAGAAGAGGAGACUAUGGAGGAAUGGAAGGUAAAACCCACAAAAGAGAAAGUGGAUUUGAUUGAGAAAAACGAGUGGGGAAAUAAAGAUGAGAGCAUGAUACAGAGGAGGGUUGGGGAAAAGAAUAUAGGAUCAUAUGCACAGGAGGGAUCAUCAAGAACAACAAUCAAUAGUGAUAUUCCAGAAGAGGAUAUGCGCUGGAUCCAAAAUAGUGCCAUUGGAAGACUGAAAAAGAGAAUCGAAUGUGGAGUUGUUCAGUCCAAGCUGCUAAACGAAGGGAUCCAAGUACAAGUUAGGGUCAUUGAGGGAUUGUCUCCGCUUGUCACCUUUGAAGGAAGGGAAGAGAUGAAUACUUUGUUAGAAAACUACCGGGAAAUAUUUGAAGUGUGGUUCGAUUCUCUAAUCCCAAUAGACAUUGCAAAGUAUGAUGGGGAUGUUAGAUUGUGGGUUGGUUUGUAUGACAUACCAGUGCACUUAUGGCUCAUCAACAUAUUCAAAGCAAUAGGAAAACGCUGGGGGAAGUUAAUGGGAGUCGAUAUGGGUACGUUUAGAAGAGAAAGAUUUGACUAAGGCUUUCUACUAGUGAAAGUAAAGAGCAGGGCUGAGAUACCAACUAGAAUCACCAUAAAAGCAGCAGGGAAAACAUAUAUGAUCAGUGCGAGUAUUGUUGGGGAGGAAACAAGCUGCAAUCUGGAAAUUUACAACCAGGGUAAAGAAGUUAGGCAAGGGGUUGAAGAAGAGCUAUCUGCCACCGUGGUGAGUGGUGAAGGCGGUGGAGGGGUUAAGGUCGAGACGGUGGAGAUGGCUCAUGAAUCUAAGUCUUUUCUUGAAAUUGAAAAAUCAGAAAGGACAAAAGAUUUCAAAUUAAAGUCAAUUGCUGAUGUGGACAGCUUCAUGCCAUCAGAUGUAGGAUGGCUACAGCAGGGGAUCUUGGAAGUAGAGGAAGUCACGUUGCAUGAAAAAGGGAAAGGUAAGGAGACGGUACAAAGGGGAUAAAACAUAGGAUUUGAGAUAGUAGUACAAGGGAAGGAGACAGACACCUUGUCCAAGGAGACUUGUGAGAACAAAGAGAAUAUGAGAAUAGAUGGAAAAGAGAGGACAAGGACUGAAUACUGUGAAGAAAAGGAAUUAGGGCAGGGUUGUGGGUUUCAAAUAAGGAAGUAAAAGAUCAAAGGGGUCGGGCUUGGGCUUUAAUGUUGAAGUAGAGGGGAAGAAAGGAGUGGUAGUUGGGUCAAAGUGGUGAAACCCAUUAGUGAUAAAAGUAAAGUAAGCCAUGAAAUAGAAAAUAUGGCCUAAGAAGUCAUGAUUGGAAAAUAGUUAUAAAAGAAAAGGAAAGACCUAGUCCUGAAAGCUAUUGGAGCCAAGAUGGAGAAAAGACCAAGUGGGGAAAUGCAGAUCUGGGAAGGGAGACAGAUGGGGAAAUUAAAGUUAGAGGAAAGGUAUGCCAAGAUAAAGAGCAGGAAGAUGACAUGGAAUGGGUGACAUGUUUUGCGUAAAAGCAGAAAGGGGAAAGGAAAAUUGAAGAAAUAUUCACCUGAGUUUAGGAGAAGCCAGAGUAGCAAAAAGAAAAAUGGGAUCAAUAGGAGGAGAGGUGUGACCCAAGGGACGGUGGAGAGACAAACUCGAAGAAGGAAUGGGAAUGAUCCAAGUGAAAUGAGAGAUGAAAUACAUAAAGAACAGAGGGAGGAAUAGUCUCAGAUUUAGACAUAAGGAAACGAAAUUUAGUGAUUAGAAAAGAGGCUGAGGAUAUAUGGGAACUGAGCAAAAGAUUGGGGUUGAAAUUUAGAGGAGAGAAAAAAGAGGUACUGCCAAGAUUAGCUGAACUUGAAGCAGAGGACAGACGUUGGGAACUUGAGCUUUUGUUAGAUGAUCCCUGAGCUAGUUUCAGGUUAUGAGCAAGGUAGUAUGUGGGUUGAAGGUGUUGGUGUCGACAUUGGAUAAGGGUUUUCUGAGCAUGCAAAAAAUAGUGCUUUGGGAUGAUCUGGAAUUCUACUCAUAUUUGGUCUCUUUUUGUUGGGCUUUGCUUGUGUUUGGUUGGAUGCUGCUAGUCGUCUUUUAGCUUUGACGAGUCUUUUAGAGACGAACUCUUUUGAUUUAGCUGCUGAUUGCUUUUUGAGAAGACUUUUGCUGUGAUUGUAGUGCUCUUUUCCACCAAAGCUAGUCUUUUAAUGCUAUUAAGAGUCUUCCAUUAUCAAGAUUCAAGACUUCUUAUGGCAUACUAGCUCUUGGUCUAUCAAUAAAAUUCACUUUUCAAAAAAAAAAAAAACAAUUGGACUAGAGAUUCAAGAUUGUUUCCAUGUAAGGCAAUAAUAAAAAGCCCUCAAAUAAUUCUGCUUAUGACUUAAGAUAAAAAAAAAUGCUGUAAACUACUUUCAUAUAUUUGAUAGAGGUCUAUUUCCACAAUGUGGCUAUUCUAUUUAUAAUAGAAUAGAGAAUAUAAACAAGACUAAAAUAGCCUUAAACCUACAACAGCCCUUACACCUAACAAUAUAUAUCAUCCUUUAACACUCCCCCUCAAGCUAGAGCCUAGAUAUUGAUCAUGCCCAGUUUUUUCCAAAUAUAAUCAAUUCUAACUCGAGAAAGAUUCUUAGUAAACAAAUUUGCUAAUUGCUCUCCCAUGCUUACAUAGGAUGUAGAUAUCAAUUUCUGUUGAAUUUUCACUCGUACAAAAUGAAAAUCAACCUCAAUAUGUUUUGACCUUUCAUGAAACACUGGAUUAGAAGAAAUAUGCAUAGUUGCUUGGUUAUCACAUCACAAUCUCAUAGGAGAUGAACAAAUGACAAAUCCGCAUAAGCUCACAAGUAGUUUGUGCUAUAGUGCUGUACUUGGACUCUGCACUAGACCUUGUUACCACAUUCUGCUUC